GCAGCCUUCCACAUUCCACGCUCAGCCUCUCAUACCCUACCCACCCGCCCUAGCCUCUCGCUGCGACCCACCUGUACACUCUGCUCACCGAAUCGUACCGUUCCGUCGCACCGCGAGCUCGACGUUCCCGAUCCGGCACCAACCGCCCCGCUCUGAAAGCCCGCUCCACCCACCCCCACGUCCUCCGACCUUUCUCUGCCCACACACCCUCCUCGAACCCGAGCGAAUCUUUGCGCGCACAACAAAAAUAUGACCACCGUCUCGUCUCUCCCUGGUCCAGCCCUCCAGGCCGCCCGAUCUGCGGUCCAAGCUGCGCUGGCGGAGCAUCCCGAGGCGAACGUCCCCGCAAGCCUCGCUACUUCGACGAUAGUAGAGGAGAAGGGCACCGGCGAUGCGCUGGAGCCUGGUGAAAUCCAAGAAGUAAACAUGGAGGCGCAGGCAGAGACGAUCAGGACCGUCUUCAGCGACCCCAAAAAUUUCAACGUCAAGCACCCGCUGUACUCACCCUGGACGCUGUGGUUCGAUUCGCCUGCGACGAAGGGCCGCAAUCUCCCGCAGACGCCGUCGACCGCAUUUCCGCAGACUCCCCUUCCGCAGACGCCUGGUGCGGCUGCCGCGAUGGGGUGGAUGGAGGACAUCAAGCGUGUGAUCACUUUCGAUAGCGUGGAGGAAUUCUGGGGUCUGCACAACAACAUCGUCCCGCCUUCGCAGCUGCCGCCGAAGGCGAAUUACUAUCUGUUUAAGGAAGGAAUCAUCCCCGCGUGGGAAGACGAGGCGAACAAAAAUGGUGGAAAGUGGAGUAUUCAGCUUCCUAAAGACAAGAACAGGAACCAUGUCGAUAAAAUGUGGCUCUACACGAUGCUGGCUGCGAUUGGAGAGACAUUCGACCCAUACUUGACGAACCCGGACACGCCGGCGGGGACGCCGUCGUUGGUGACGGGGGUGAUCGUGUCGACGCGACCGCAAUUCUACCGACUGUCGAUCUGGACGCGGCUCGCGCCAGGGAACUCGGGUGCGGACGACGAGGCGCUGCGGGAGCGGAUCGAGGCGGUGGGGAAGCACUUCAAGAUCGGGGUGCUGGGGUACACGGACGCGCAGAAGCUGGCAGGGCCGCUCGCGACGGAGGUUGAGUUUUUGUCGCAUAAGGAUUCGGAGAAGAAGGGGAAGACCGCGAAGAAGAUGAUUGUGUAGGGGGGCCCGGUGGAUACUUAUCGUGUGUUAUGGUGCGAGGCCGCGCUGUGCCUGCGGCAGCGACGGGCGAGCGAUGACGAUGACGUGGGAGUGUGACUGAUUGUAUGUGACCACGACCCAGGAGCAAUGCGAAGCGUCCGACUUUGUCUCCUCGU